CUCCCGAAAACCCUUGAAGUUAAACCCCUUUAGAAUCGCGCAGCAACCCUACCCUGCCUCCUUCGACUCAGAGGCUCUCUCUCUCCGUCUUCCGCCGCCUCUGUCUCUUAGAUUGAGGGUCAAAGUCGGGGCAGUUAAAAAUGCAGUCCAAUGAAGCUCCUACUUCCAUGGAAGUUGAAGCAGUGGCAAAUGGAGCCAGUUCAGCGUCUGGGGCACUGCCUGCAAAGCCAAGUUUUGAGCCUUUAAAGGCUCAUGAGAUGUCAGAUGGGCAAGUUCAGUUCCGGAAGGUCUCUGUUCCACCGCAUCGUUAUACGCCACUGAAGAAAGCAUGGAUGGAAAUAUACACCCCAAUUUACGAGCAGAUGAAGAUAGACAUCCGUAUGAAUCUCAAGGGCCGCAAAGUGGAGUUGAAGACCAGACGUGACACACCUGACAUUAGUCAUCUGCAGAAGUGUGCUGACUUUGUUCAGGCUUUCAUGCUGGGGUUUGAUGUCAUAGAUGCCAUUGCCCUUCUACGUUUGGACGAGCUUUAUGUGGAGUCCUUUGAGAUCAAGGACGUCAAAACACUUCGUGGGGAGCACUUGUCUCGCGCUAUAGGAAGGCUGUCUGGGAAAGGUGGCAGAACAAAAUUCGCGAUUGAGAAUGCUACAAAGACUAGGAUUGUGAUUGCAGACACCAAGAUCCACAUAUUGGGAUCUUUUGCAAACAUAAAGGUUGCUAGGGACUCUCUUUGCAACCUUAUCUUAGGAUCCCCUGCUGCUAAAGUGUAUUCAAAACUAAGAGCGGUUACUGCUAGAUUGGCAGAAAGGUUUUAGAUUGGGGAUGAGUAUGCAUUUGUGUUAUGCAUUUUUAUUGUCCAUUUAUAAUCUUGAGUAUUCUGAAGAUGAGUAUGGCUUGACAACAGAAAGAAAAAGUUCUAGGAGAUUUUUGUACCGUCAGAAGAAAUGACAUCUUGUAAGAUUUUGUUGCUGUUGGAAGCAUUUUGUUAGAACUACAGUUCGUUUGACUAAAAACUUAAAUUGGUUAUCGUGAAGUUUUCUUUAAA